CUCAGCCUGAACUCAAAGAUGUCAUCCACAUACUUGCUAGUGUUGCUGCUGGGACUGGUGGUUCUCACCACCCCGUCUCUUGCUGACUACCCCAAGCAUCCCCCAGUUCAUAAACCACCUACGGAGCACCAGCCCCCGGUUGAGAAACCACCUACGGAACACCAGCCACCAACUAAACCUCCCAAGGGAGAGGAGCCACUCCCCGAACACAAGCCACCAAGUCCAUUUGGCAAACCACCCCAAGGAGAGAAGCCACCACCAGAACACAAGCCAUCUGACAAAACCCGCAAACUUCUUGGGGGAGAGAAGCCGCUCCCAGAGCACAAGCCAGCAAGCCCAUUUGGCAAACCACCUAAGGGAGAGAAGCCGCUCCCGGAGCACAAGCCAGCCAGCCCACUUGGCAAACCACCUAAGGGAGAGAAGCCACCUCAUUAUGGUCACAACCCUGGGCACCCUCUUGCAGAGAGUGCUGAAGACUCAUACAAGCCACCUCAGACGAUUAAGCCUCCUUCAACUCCAACAAAAAAACCACCAGUUCCAGGAAAGAAGCCACCGCACAAACCACCAUCUCCCACCCAUCCCAACUGAAUGACUUUGGUUAGUUUUAAGUAGUAUGUAAAAUAAGACGUGCUGCCUGCUGGGCACUGAUCUUAUCAUUUCCUGAGUGCCAAUAGUGUUCUAUGUAUCAGUCGCCGCUAUGUCCUGUUUGAGAAUGUUGUGUGAGUUACUCAUUGUAGUUUUUCUACCUUUCUAUUUGGCGAUGAGCAUUGUGGCACUGUUAUAAUAUUGCCUAUUAUCUUAGUGCAACUACAAUCUAGAUUAAUUACUUCUACUAA